UAGUUCUAUUUCCCUCUAUUAGUUCAAUUUCAAGGGGAAUCCUCUUUCAUCUCUAAUUGCUCAUUAGAGCGUCUGUUGCCGGGAGGUCUGCCUCUGAUUGGACGCGCCGCUGCAGUUGGCGUGCUCCGAUUGGCCAGUCGACCUCUCCGCCGUGCACGCCGCUUCCGGUGUCCGUGUGCGCGCAGGCUCAGUUCGCUCGUCUCCGCUCUUUUAUUUACUCUCGCUCAUCUAAGAUGGCUGUUCGGAGCGCCUCGGUCCCGCGAGCCUAGCGAUCGAGGAUGUGUGUGCCUCCAAAAUCAACUCUCACCCGGCCAUCUCUUCCCCCAAGCAUCCGCCCGUGAGGUGCGGAGGGACUCUUGUAUCCGUAAAGCCUCCGAACGCCCCUUUCAUCCGGCUUGAAGCUCUUUAAAUCAAGUUGUUUGGCGAAGUCAAGCCGCACCACUGAGAGAGUGAGUGCGACCAAGAGCCCUGAACAUCCAAAUGGCCGAACCGAGAAAAGUGCAGUUUGUCACCCUGUCGGCCCUGGCCGGCGGUCAGGGCGCGGAGGGCUGGAGACGGCGGCUGGAGGAGGACGGGGCCGCGGAGAUGAGCUUUGACAGAGAGGGCAGGAUGAAGAUGACGGGCACCGGGGUGACGGCUCCUGCGGGAGACCGCGGGGGUUUGAUCGGGAAGAGAGACGGCGAUGAGCCCAAAGGGAAGAAGACAGUGCGGCUCAAUCUGUGUCUGUCCGAGCCCAACGAGCAGUGCUCGGCCGAGUUCAACUACAGCGAGCUCAUCCAGUCUCAACAGGCCAAGAAGAAUCCACCAGGUUCUAUGUCUUCCUUGGAUCUGAACAACCCCUUCAACGACGAUGAGAGAGAACGUCUAGAGGUCGAGGCUUUGGCUAAAAAGUUUGAAAGCAAAUAUGGUAACGCAGGGAAAAAGAGGCGGAAAGAUCGGAUGCAGGAUUUGAUUGACAUCGGCUUUGGCUAUGAUGAGAGUGACCCCUUCAUAGACAACUCGGAAGCUGUGAGUGGGCUCUUACCAUGGCAACAGACAUCCGUCACUACAGAGAUGAUCGAUUGCCAUUUAACAUGCUGUUUACCAACUCCAUUUCAUUGUGCUCUGAACUUAAAGUAUGAUGAGCUUGUACCAGCAUCUCUGACAACCAAGCUUGGAGGAUUCUACAUCAACACCGGUACAUUACAGUUCAGAGCUGCCUCAGAAUCUGAAGGAGAAGAGGGAGCAAAAGAUGAAAAAUCCAGAAUGAGAGAUGGAGAGGAGCCACUGAUAAAGAGAAGGAAGACGAAAGAUGUCGCAAGUGUAGAGGAUAAAAAACCAAGAAGGAACAAUGUAGCCAAACAAGGAGUGGCUGCUCUCAACCUUCACCGUCCGGAGAAAAAGAAGAGGAAGAAACUGAUGAAGGAUUCACUCUGUCUGGCUGCAAUGCUUCGACGUUUCACACGAGAGAAGGAAGAAAUGCGGAAACGGGACCCCAACGCGUCUCAUCUGGGCCCUGGUCUCCCCAGCACCCCCAGCUCCAACAACUUACCGCAGAACUCACAUCUCCACGGCAACGCCAACAACGACCUUCCGCUUGCCGAACUGACGGCCGACCCCGCCAUGAUGUCAUUGCUAGGUUCAGCCAAUGAAAGCGAGCUUCAGGAUCUCAUGCGGGACCUGGACUUCAGUUUUUUAGACGCAGUGCCCCAGAUGCCCCCAUCAGGCAGGGAGAAUGGGCAGAUCGGGGUGGGUUCGUCAGCUGGGCACAAGAUUGGUGGAGGUGGGCUGAGUCGAGGGCAGGGAGGGCUCAUCUCUCCUCCGCCUCUCCCAGAUGGACUUCCUGCACCCUUGAUCAAACGUAUAGAAGACCUAAGGGCUGCAUCCAGGCAAUUUGAUCAGGAAGGCAGAAAGAAAUUCUUCACUCUGGAUAUGAAUAAUAUCUUGCUGGAUAUUGAGCUGCAGGUUCAGGAGCAGCCGGCAGACGUGCGUUCGCAGGUGUACUCUCACCUGGAGGCUUUUGUGCCCUGUAACAAGGAGGCGCUACUCAAACGACUCAAGAAACUGAGCCUCAACAUCCAGGACGACCGUCUGCGAACACCCCUGUUAAAACUCAAACUAGCCGUGUGCAGUGUGAUGCCAGAGCAGAUCGCCAGAUAUAACAUGGAUUGCAUGGCAAAAGCUGCUUCAAAGCAUCAAACUGAGGAAGCAGAGAAGAAUGGAUCAGAGGAUGAUGAUGAAGAGAAACCAGGAAAGAGGGUGAUGGGACCAAGAAAGAAGUUCAUAUGGGAUGACAAACUCAGGACUCUGUUGUGUAACCUGGUGCGCGUGAAGUUGAGCUGUUAUGAGCUGGAGCAGUGCUCUCUGUCUGUGGAGGACUAUCUCAAAUCCUUCAUGGAGAAUGAAGUCAAACCCCUCUGGCCUAAAGGCUGGAUGCAGGCCAGGAUGCUUUUCAAAGAGAGUCGUGGGGUACACGGUCACCUUACAGGCCUGGGCAGGAAAAGGAUUGUUACAACCCCAAAAGCUGCCAAAAUGACGGAGGUCGGCUGGACGCAGAGACCAGCUCCAGGUGUUGGAACCACUUCUGCCUCUCCUGCCUUACCUGCUCCUGCGUGCAUACUGCCCUCCUCCCCCUCUGAACCCAUCUGCCUCUCUGAUUCAUUGGAUGAGGAUCUGGCUGCUAACUCUCUGGACUCCAUUUCUCAAGCUCUCGCUCUCCUCAGCAAUGCUGCCAAGGGUCUGACGUCAAACAACGGCGUUCCUGCCUCCUCUCCUGGAAUCACCGGAUCCUCAUCUGGGGUCAGCCACUACUCCUCUCCUCUCUCACAUUCCACCCUUCCAGCAAAAAUGGAGCCUUCGGGUGUCUCUCUGGCAAAUAUGAACAGUCUAUCUACCUCUCCCUCCCUCUCCUCUCCUUUCACCUCAUCUCCUUCGUCUUCCAUACGAGGAGAGACCUUUGGGUUGCUAAAGGACAGUGGGUCCUUGCAGAGACACCUGGUGACACCCACUCACAGAGCGGGAUUGAAUGUGGGACAGUCUGCUAAGCCUCGCCCACCCCCUACAGCCUCACCCCUCUUGCCUCCACAGCAGAGGUCUUUUGGGGUGAUGGGAGUGAAGCAGAGUCAGACUCCGCACCCUAUUGGACAGGUGAAGAACUGUGGUAACAAAUCUGGUACUGGCGUCAACGGAAUCUCUGGUACUGUGGUUUCUCAACAGCCUCGUAUGAACACUCACCCCUCUCAGAUGAACGCCAAGAGCCCUCAACAGUCACGGGUACCCAACUCUCCCCCUCUGACGCCCUCUUCCCCUUCCACCCUGUUGUUGCAGGCCAAGACUCCCACUAUGCCACACAGCCAGUCAAACUUUAUUACGCCCAUGCAAGCCACACUCACCAAGUCUUCCCACAGUAGCAGCUCUCCCAUCAUCAAACUCACACCUCGGCCCCCUGCCCCGACUCCUCCUCCCUCUUCCUCUCCCUCGCCUUCAUUAUCGCCCUCCCCGACUCAUCCGAGACCCCAAAUGAUAACCAGCCCACACCAGUACAUUCCCAAGAGCCCGGGGUUCAGACCGCCGUUCACCGCACAGGGAUCUGGAGUCAAAUCCGGAUCAGGACAAGCGAGCUACAGUUUUGCGGGCGGACAGAAAUCCACUAGUCCAUCAAGUGGUGGUUCAGGCAACACCAUUACUACCCCAAUGGCCAAACCCCUGUCUGCAAGUGUCCAGGACUGCAGCCCCUCCGCUUCAGCAGUACCAGCCAAUCACACCCAGCGUCAGAGGACAGUAGGAGGGACUAGUCAGAGUGCCAAGUCGUCAACAAGUCGGGCAUCAGCCAUGACGCUACCCUCUCCUCCAGUCUCCAAUCACCUGGCACAGGGGUCUACAUCGUCAGGAAGUAACCUCUUAGGCUCAGUGCCCCCCUCCCUCCCCCUGGGUUUUGGGAUGCUUGGGGGUCUAGUGCCCGUUUCCCUACCCUUCCAGUUCCCCUCGCUUCUCAAUUUCAACCCCACAGGCCCUGGAGUUCCUGGCUGCAGCAACAUGGGGGCGUCACCCACCACAAACUCAGGAUACACCCUGGCACAGAAUCUGUUUAAGAGUCUGCAGCUAGGGUCUCAGGUUGCUCUACCUCCCCACUUGCAGCUUGCUUUCUCAGAUGCAAACCAAAGUCAGGGGGGAGACACAAAGAGGAAGCCCCACUGACUGCUGUAACCAGAAUGUACACUUUUGCUCUGUUGGCGACGGAUGUUUUCAGCUGCUCAGAUACUGAACGGAAAAGAUUCGUGGAUUCACAUGGAAGUGGGAGGGAUGUAAUUACAAACUUUCAUUCAGAUGAAAUUGAGGGACUUAAUUCUCAAUUAACGUCAUUCUGCUUUUAAUUGAUCAGUGUUCUGGAUGAUUGGCGUGAGCUGGGUGGGUUUUAAUUUUUAUUUUAUUUUUUGUCAACAUGUUUACACAAGACCUUAAUCACUGUGGACAUAGAGAUAAUAAGAGGAAGGAAAGAAACAAAGUAACAUAAUUUCUAUUUAAGUUAAUGUCGGCUGAAAAUGUGCAUUCCUGUGUUUAUUUUCUUAGUAGUUUUUUUUGUUUAAAACUCCUAAAGGGAUGUUAUAGUCCAACCGUUUUCUUUAUAGACUGUUAAAAUAGUAGCUAUUAAUAAUAAUACAUAUGGGUAAAUUAUUUAUCAUUUUUUGACACAGGGACAUACUAUGAUGUUUAAGGUGUGUUAGUGGAAUAAAAUGGUAUGUAUAUAAAAUAUACAUAAAUAUUAUGUGAUCUAUUUUCUUUCAAAGUCAGGAUGUAUGUUUAUCAUCUGUCGCUGUCUCUGGUGCUGUGUAUCUCACUGGACCUUGUAAAAGAAAGAAAAACUUGAGUUUAAAGAUUCAUUUAUGGAUGAAGAAUGAAUCAUUUGUGUGUGCAAGCUUUUCAUAGAGGAAAAUUAUGAGAAUAUAGCCUACUUGAAUGGUUUCAUUUUAUUGCUAAACAUCCAUAGAAAAUCUCCCUCACCUUUUAAUAAAACGCCUUUGUUUGAAUAACUAUGCAGGACUGUAGAUGCGUCAGUACAAAUGUAAGCUGUUGCUUAGCUCUCCACUUUAAACCAUUAGUGUUUGUGGGGGAUUGUGUGUGUGUGUGUUUCUACAUUUGUCUUGUCACUUUUGUCCCAAUACCUCACUGGACAGUUAGCUCUUCCUUUCAUGUCUGUGCUGCCUUUUUCACUAUCCAGCAUUUCAAAAUGUCUCGCCCUGCUCGCCAGCAUCUUCUGACUGUGUAAAAAUGGCACCAACGUUGACAGCAUUAGAUCAAGAGUUGACGAGCAACAGGUUGCGUUUGUGUGCGCUUGUUGUAACAUCCUGUCUCAGUUUCGUAGGCCAACCUUAAUGUGUGGUCGCUGGUUGUCUCUGUGGAUAUUGUGAUGGACAGAAUUUUAAGAUUGAAUGUUUAUAUAGGGCUUUUUUAUUUAAUUUUUUUUUCUAAAAAUUCUGAAUUGGGGUGGGGGUGUUUUUGACUGGAACUGGAAUAAGUAUAGGACUUCUUAUUUUGGUAGAUUAUUUUUGUCUUGAUUCUGAAAUAAAAAUGCUGUCAUUUUUGUCUCAA